UUCCUUCCUUCCUUCUGUCUCCAGAGCAAAGUGAGAGAAAGUGUUGCAGAGUUGCACAAAGAGAUGGCGGUGGCGGCCAAUUCUGCAAGAAAAACCCUCCAAAUAGCUUCCUCUGCCACCAGAACCCUCUUCUCUCGUCGAUCUUCGUGCGCCACUAAGCUCAAUGGACUUGCCUCUUCUUCUUCUUCUUCCAAGAAACGCGCCCUCUCGUUUUCCCGGCUUCCGGUGCAGUUGGUUGGUGGACAAGUGUCUUUGACGCCGUUGCAUAGUGUUACUGCCUCUGCCUUGUUCACUUCUCUGCUUUCUCUGCACAACACUAACUGGGGUUGUCUUUCAGAAGGUUUUGCAACACCUCUAUAACAUGGGAAUGAUACUUCCAGAUACCAUUAGGCGCUGGUUUUGUUUCAAUACUUGUUUCUAGUAGGUUCUGCGAUUAUUUAACAAUGUAACUUGAUUAAUUUUUCUCUAUCUGUUGAGACUGUCAAAAUGCGUUGUUGUCCUGCUGACAUUUACAAGGUGACUGUGCUGUUCAAGCUUUCAGAAAGAUCAGUCUAUUCACGAUAGUUAACCCUUCAAUUUGGGGGAAAUUUCCAUGUAAAAUCAAUGCCAGAUUUUGAAGUGGUUUUUAUUUUGCAUGAAUCUUCAAUUGAAUUUUUUAUUAUGUUAUGUGAUCUCCUGUUUUUGUCA